AUGCAUGAUGGCAGUACAAAGAAAUAUAAAAUAGAAGAUUUACCUGGAUUCUUUAAUGGUAUAUCCGAAAAAACCAGUGAAGUGUUUUCUGAUAGAGUAAUUAAAAUUAGCACUAUUUGUUCCAAAAAUAUUGACAACAAAAAACAAGAGUUUUCUUUUAACCUUAAGCUUUUAAAAGAAGAUCAACACGAUGCAGUUAUAAACAAAAAUGAAAAAGAUCAACACGAUGCAGUUCGAAUCAAAAUACGUUCUUUGAUUGAAUUUUUUAAAAUGUGCUUGGGUGAAAGAAAAAGCUUUAUAUAUAGUAUAAGUGUAUCAAAAAAAGACAAAGGGUUAAUCAAGAAGUAUGAAGAUUUCAUUAAGGAAUAUGAAGCAUUAAUCAAGAAAUAUGAAGAAUUAAUCAAGAAGUAUAAGGUAUCAGAAGAAGACAAAAAAUUAAUCAAGAAAUAUAAGAUAUCAGAAGAAGACAAAAAAUUAACUGAGAAGUAUAUAGAAUUAAUCAAGAAGUAUAAGAUAUCAGAAGAAGACAAAGAAUUAAUCGAGAAGUAUAUCAAGCAUGAUAUCACCAUAUGUCAAUUCAUAAAAUGUAUUCCUGUUGCAGCUAUUUCACGAGUAAUAACAAUAAAACUACAAGCGAAUGUUAGAUAUAUAAAUCCGGACAACCUGGACGAAAUAGUAUUGUUUUUAGAUAAAAAAUUACAUUCGGCAGCUGAAACUCAUUAUAGUCAAUCUCAAGCUCAACAAAACACCACAAAUAACGAACACAUCGUGCCGACUAACAAUUCAUCUGAUGGCACAUUAACAGAAACAGUAGCACCUUUAUUACCUCACACAAAUCAUUUUAUCCAGCCGACAAUAGCACCUGCAAACGAGGAAGCUCUAACUUACACCCAAUUUAACGCAAGUAUUCUGCACAAAAUUAGAGAUACUGCCUUAGUUAUCUUGGGUUUAAAAGGCGCAAAAGCAGAAGAGCACACUAUAAACAUGUACAUAAUGCAAGCAGAAAAUGAUGCUAGAAUAUGUUUACUAGAUGUAGGUUGUGUUGAUCUGCAAGAAGGAACAUUAGAUAAAAUAUUUACUGACACUGUCCGUGAGUAUGUAACACAGUACGAGAAUGUGGUCAAGAAGGAGGCCAAGAAACAUGCCAAAGACCUGGUCGAGAGAGUGUUCACUGAUAUAUUUGAUUCAGUAUUUGAUAUUGUUUACUUGCAAGAUAAAAUAAAAGAACCAAAUGAGAAGAAAUUAGAAUUACUAAAGAAAUUGGGAGCUACUGAUACAGCACCGGGAGACGAAAAAUAUUUUCAGACAGCAGUGUCUAACAAGUACAAGGAAUUGCAUAACUUAAUGUGGCCUACACAACCUGAACCUGAUCAUUCACUCAAAUCACCGUUAAGAAAUAUAUUUUCUUCAAAAGACACUUAUUUUUACUUAUUUGCAAUAACAACAUCUACAUCAGCUCUUUGCUUAUUGCACUUUACUGCACUAGGGAAAUCAGUCAUGUCAGAAGAAAGUACUGGAUUAAUAUUAAAUACAGCACUACUCAUAUUAAUAGCUAUGUGUAUUAUAAGUCUAGCUUACGUUGCAUAUUCUGAAUAUACUGUAGAAUCUGUUGAGCAGGUAGGUACAAGUAAUUCAAAAAAGUUAGAUGUUUAAAGGAAUAAUCACAGAUAUCGGGACCAUAAUUAAUACCAAUCCUGAUCAAAUUUUUUAUAUCAAAACAGAGAGUCUAUCCUCUAUAAAUAUGGGAGAUUCUAUUGCUUGUGCUGGUGUGUGUUUGACUAUCGUUGAUAUAAUGGAUGAUGUAUUUGCAGCUCAAGUGUCCAAGGAAACUUUGAAAGCCACAAAUUUAAAUACGUGGAAAAUAGGUACAAAAAUAAACUUAGAGCAAGCCACUAAGCUUAACGAUAGAAUUGAUGGACAUUUAGUGCAGGGUCAUAUUGAUGGAAUAGUAAAGAUUUUAAUGAUCAAUCAAAACUUGAGUUCUCAUGAAAUAAAGCUGUUAUGUCCACAUGCAUUAACUAAAUUUAUAGCAAAAAAAGGCUCUGUGACUCUAGACGGGAUUUCCCUCACUGUAAAUUCAAUUAUUAAUCAAGAAUUCACAGUCAAUAUAAUUCCCUACACAUGGCAAAAUACAACUUUUCAGUACAGUAAAGUUAAUGAUUUUCUUAACCUUGAAGUUGAUAUCAUUGCUAGAUAUUUAGAUCGACUGUUGCAGAAUUAA